AUGCCUGGGCAGAAGAUUGAAACAGGUCAUACAUACAUAAUCCAUGAUGUCUUCUGGCAGGUUGCAUCGGCCUACCCUAAAUUCGGGUCCCUUCUUGCAUCACAUUCUGAUGGGAUUCUUCUACAGCACAUUCUGCUGGGGGAUUCUACAACCAAAGGGAUUGAGAAAUUUGGGACAGAUCUUAAGACCAUGCACCCUAGUUUGACUGAAUGUCGUGUUUUGAAGUCAAAAUUGGAGCUUUCUGUGAUCCAAUAUGCCAAUGGUAUAAGUUCUGAAGCUCACACUGAGGAACCUAAACCUAAGAAACGGUCCACUCCUACUGCUAAAAUUGGAUCGAAUAAAAAACCUGUUAGUAAACCUGUAAGUACUUCAGAUGAAUCUGAAUUUGAAUCUGAAUCAUCGGAUGAUAGUGAUUCAUCAGAUGAAGAAGAGGCGCCAAAAAAGCCAGCUACUGUUGCCAAGAAUGGUGCUAUUGCAACCACCAAGAAAGUCGAGUGA